GACGGUCCGCUCUUAAUUCACGCGAUCAGUUGCCGGCUGGCGUUCGUCGCGUAGGUUACGAAACUAUUCAAUUGGCGCAACAUCUGUCGCCGGAGCAGCUCCGAUUGCCAUAGCCCACCUGGUAUUGUGGUAUCGCAACUUACGACAUGCAGAACUGGCUGAAGAUCUCCCUGCUGCUGUGCACGUUCGGGUUUUUCCGGGAACUUCGGCCCUCGGAGCCGUACGUCACGGAGUAUUUGGCCACGGACUACGGCAAUCUGACCACGGAGCAGAUUAACCAGGAUGUGUACCCCUUCGGCACCUACUCGGUGCUGGCCCAGCUGGUCGUGGUGUUCCUAAUCACCGAUCUGGUGAGAUACAAACCGGUUAUCGUGCUAUCGGCGUUGGCCGGGAUUACCCUGUUCUCGCUGCUCAUCUGGACGGAGACGCUGCGAAUGUUGCAGGUGGCGCAGCUAUUUUUCGGCACCUUUACGGCCGCCGAAGUGGCCUACUACACCUACAUGUACGCCAAGGUCAGCAAGGAGCAGUACCAGAUCGUCACGGGUCACACGCGAGCCGCCAUUUUGAGCGGCAAGUUCCUGGGCGGCCUGCUGGCCCAGAUUCUGGUGUCCACCGAUAGCAUGAGCUACCGGCAGCUGCACUUCAUAUCGCUGACCACGCAAGUGAUCUCCCUGGCGGUGUCCCUCUUCCUGCCCAGUGUGCCGCGAAGUCUCUACUUCUAUGCCGCCUCCGCUGGAGAUCCCGCUCCAGGUGGCGAAGUGACCGCACCGAGGUUCUCCUUCUCCAACGCCUGCCGCCUGUUGUGGUACCACCUCGUCUCCUCCUACUCCAAUCCCGUGGUGCUGCAGUGGAGUCUGUGGUGGGCUCUGGCCACCUGUGGGCAAAUUCAGGUAAUUUCCUACAUCCAGUUCCUGUGGAAAGAGGUGGCUCCGGAUCACCAAAGCGUUUAUAAUGGCGGAGUGGAGGCAGUGGCCACUCUGCUAGGAGCUAUCGGAGCUAUUCUGGCGGGCUUGCUGAACUCCAAUAAGCGACGAGGAUCCUAUAUGUUGGGCAUAUCCAUAUGUUCCGCCAUCCUGGGAGCCCUGAUCAUCUAUGCUGCCAAGACGCAGGAAAUCUGGGUGGCCUACGUGAACUAUGUGCUCUUCUGCGCCGUGUUCUUCUUCAUCAUCACAGUGGCCGGUGCAGUGGUGGCCGAGAAUCUGGUGGAGGACAGCUUCGGAUUAGUAUUCGGUAUCAAUACGUUGGUGGGUCUAAUACUUCAGACCAUCCUGACCAUUUCGGUGGUGGAGAAAGUUGGAUUCGCUCUGAAUCCACGGGAUCAGUACGUGGUGUACGGCAGCUACUUUAUAGUUUUGGGUGGGAUAUACGUAAUUUGGACUGUCUUAGUUAAAUUGUUCUGCCGGACUAGGAUAUCAAAAGAGGGGAAUGCGGCUAUUUCAUCAUAGUAUAUUAAAUAGUACAAAAUAAAUAUUUUUUAAGGAAACAAA